GAGAGAGAAAUUCACAAAACACAUACAUGUUUACAUUAUACAUACUUAGAUAAAAACUUGCUCCUAAUCGUACGUACACCUACACUUAAAUAGCUUUGAGUCUAUCAGCACAAGUAUAUUAACACACGUACGCAUUUCUAUACAUUCAUAUACACAUAUAUAAAUAUGUACAAACAUACAUACAUAUACACUGGAAAACAAACAUCAGUAUUGACACACAUAUAUAUUAAUACAAGCUAACAUAUUGGAAUACAAAAGGAUUAAGAUAAUAACAAUAAUAAUGAUGAUAAUAAAAAGAUAAAUAAAUACAUAAAUGAUGAAGUCUUAAAAAUAUAACAUGUCUUGACAAACUAGUGGUGUCCAGGGUUUCGGAAUAUCCGAUAGAAAAUGCUGCGUGGAGAAGUCAGAUCGGGAAUUAAUUAAGAACACAAAACAAUAUCCACGAAUCCACGACGUACGAGCCCGGAAGACGACGUCAACUAUUUCACCGAUAUGUCUCAAGCAUGGUAACUAUAACUAUGUUAACGACAAGCAUUUCUCAAAAGUGGAGUAUGGUUUCAUUAAAAUCGCCAUUGGUCGGUUCGACAUGAAAAUAAACAAGAUUCGAAAAGACAAUGUUUCGAACUUCACCACGGCGGUAGUUAAUGUAGUCAACAGGAUGGCAUCUCUUAAAUAGAAAACCGACGUUUCUCUGAGAAACAUGAAUUGUUUUCGAAUAAAAACAAAUUGUUUCUAGAGACAGACAAGCUGUUUCUAGAACGCUAGGUAUUCUUUAAUGAUGGAGAUGAAUUCGUUGAGUAAGAACAAUUACCCUGGAGUUAAGCUUGACACACAACACCUGCAUGAACAUAUACUUCACAACUCGAGUGUAUUCUAUAUAGAUACCUCUGGGCAAAGCAACAUAGUGAGUUCGUCCUCAAUGACCGAAACUUACAAAUCAUUUCUUAGUUGCACAGAAGCUCAAAAGCAAUAUACUUGCGGCGUACUGAUCACGAUCAUUCUCGGUGCACUAUGGGUCGGUUUCACCCAGUUUUCCAAGAAUACCUACACAGAGUCUUUCACAGCUCCAUUGAUCGUCGUGUAUUUCCACACGUCUUGGCUGGUGGUUUUCUAUCCGGUUUAUAUUACAGUCGUUUUCAUUGUAGCCCGUGGUUCUAUACAGCUGAAGCAGUUAUACAGAAACUUGUCUGUUCAACAUAGAUGCAACCGGAAUUACAAGUUAGCUCAGUCAAUAACAUCACACAUAGAUUACAUAUUGGAGAGGGGAGGAAGGGGGGAAACCACUUCACACGAAUACAUACAAACCAACCAAAAGAAGCCGUUGGUUAACAGCUACAAUGAGAACGACAAUAACAGCAACAACAUAUCAAUAGCAUCACCAUCAUCAUCAGCGGCAACAGCAGCGGAAGCAUCACCACCACUACCACCGCCAAAAUCACCGGCAGCAUCAACAGCAUUUUUGUCGUCUUCGUCGUUAUUAUCAUCAUCCUCAUAUUCAUCAUCAUCAUUAACAACAACAGAAACAGCAAUAAUAGCAACAACAUCAGCCAACAAGGGCGUUUCAUUUGACAUGCUAAAAUUAGAAGACAAAUAUACUUUAAACACUUCUCACAAAUCACUUAUCAUUGAAAACCUCAAGAUUUACAAGGAAGAAACGAAGCUGGUACGUUUUUCAGUGAGGACAUGUGCUUUUUGUUUUAUUUGGGCAAUCAGUAACUACAGCUACAUCCGGGCUCUUCAGCUUCUCGAUUCUGUGGACGUCAUAGCGCUCUACUCAACCAAUCAGAGUUUUGUCUACAUGUUGUCAUGGAUUGUAUUAUUCGAAAAGUUCAUCGCUAUAAGGGUAAGAAUUUAUAAAUCCAUCCAUCCAUCCAUCCAUCCAUCCACUGAUCAAUCUAUCCAACCAUUCAUCCACCAUUCAUCUAUCUGCCACUCAAUCAAUCUAUCCAUCCAACCAUCCGUCCGUCCGAUUGCAUCUUCUAACAGUACAAUCGAUACGAUGACUAUAAUCGAUACAUUAGCAAUUUUUAUUCUGCUAUUGAACGUCCAGAUUUUCUGUAAAAAGUUCAUUGGGGAAGUUAAUUUUGGAAAGAUUUCACUAUUCUUGUCUUUAGUAGGUUUGACGAAUCUUCUAGUACUCUGGCCAUUCGUUCUCUUGUUUUACUUCACUAAAACCGAGUUCGUUGACUGGCUUGAUCUACCUUGGACACCACUCUGUGCUUCGGCUGUCUUCACCACAGCACACCAAUUGGUAUUUAAUUAUUCAGGAGUCUUCACAAUCACCUUCUUCAUAGAAACAGCUCUUCUAUUUGGCAUUCCUCUGGGUGCAAUUGCUGACAUUGUAUGGAGAAACAGCCAGUUUUCAGGAAUGAAAAUAUCUGCAUUGGUUUUAAUCGAAGUUGGACUUUUGCUUACCAUUUUACCAGAAGGUUGGCAUCAUUACGUAAUUCGUGGUUUUAGAUUCGUCAAAGAAUUAGUAACAAAGCCACCACCUGAAGAAGAUAUCCCACCUCAGACUUCAAGAUUCGAAUGGAGAAAUUCGAUCAAUUGAUUCUUCUCGAAGAACAUUGUAGUAUUUUAUACAAAAACAACGGUGACACUGGGCACAAGAUUUAUUGUGCGUUCAUUUAUACAAGAUAUCGUUUGUUUCUUAUUCUUCUCUGUAUCGCAUGUUUGUCUCAGUAUUGCCUGACGAUGAAAGCAUGUUUACUACAUCCUCUUCACAAAGCUCGUAGAAAAUCUACGAGUAAGUUCUGUUUGUAUCACCUCAUAAUGGAUACUGUGGAUGAAAACGUCUGACAAUCACAACACUACUAAAGAAUUUAGAAGUCAAUUCACAAACGCAAUGUGCAUUUAAAUCUCAUUAAAUCGUAUAAGGUGAAUUUUUUCACUCAAAUUCAAACUCAAAUGUGUAUAUAGAACAAGCCGUCACUAUGCUGUGUGUGUAUGUGUGUGUGCUUUAAUAACUUUAGGACGUAAUCUAUUACACCGCUAAACUUAGUGGCUAUUUAAGUAAUGUGUUCGUGGAUAGUUAAUGAGUCUGGUGUGAUACUGAAGAAGGAGCAAGUACUCCCGAAAUAUGCAUAUACACCUAUUACCUAUUUUUCUAUCUUCGAUCGUAUUGUUUACAUAGACGUAUUCGUAUACGAAACGUCGUAACUUGCAGUGUUGGCUCUAAAUUCUAUAGAAUAUCUGUGGAGAUAAUUUAAAAGUGAUUCAAUCGCACUGCUAACACAAAAACGUAGGACACAUUAUUGACUUAUAAAUCUUUAAUACACUUGGUAGUAUAUUAUGGUUGUUAAACGAAAUACGGUACGACUACCAGCAAUUGAUAUAUAUAUAUAUAUAUAUAUAUAUAU